GUUGGCUCUAGUGCUAAAACUCUCGCCUGAGCUUGAUUGUUGCCGUUUCCACUUCACCCAUCUUUGGUUAGGGUUUUCCUCUUCAAACUGCAGUGAUUGAUGGAUUACAACUCAGAUCGUGGUUAUGAUGACUCUUACCAUCGUCACGUACACGAGGAACAACUACCUCCGUCGGAUUAUGAAGUGGAGACCUUUGAUGACCGGAGGAACGGUGGUGCAGCCGUUGAUACUGGUGGGGUUCAGAUGAAGCACUCCGUUGAGCAUCGCCAUUCGUCUUCGUCCAUGUCUUCUCCUGGGAAACUAUUCGUAGGUGGAGUUUCUUGGGAAACAACUGAAGAAAAUUUUGCCAAUUACUUUGGAAAGUUUGGAGAAGUUGUCGAUUCUGUAAUCAUGACAGAUAGAAUGACUGGAAAACCAAGGGGAUUUGGGUUUGUGACUUUUGCUGAUCCAGCUGUUGCGGAGAAAGUUUUGGAGGAAGAACAUGUAAUAGAUGACCGAAAGGUUGACCUGAAAAGGACAGUUCCUAGAGGGGACAGGGAUACUGAUAUCAAAGCGGUAUCAAAGACUAGGAAAAUCUUUGUUGGUGGACUUCCACCACUUUUAGAAGAAGAUGAACUGAAGAACCAUUUCUGUGUAUAUGGUGAGAUAAUCGAGCACCAGAUCAUGUAUGACCACCACACUGGAAGGUCUAGAGGGUUCGGUUUUAUAACUUUUCAGACAGAAGAUUCUGUUGACAGACUUUUCUCCGAUGAAAAAGUUCACGAGCUCGGUGACAAGCAGGUGGAGAUAAAAAGGGCUGAACCAAAGAGAACCGGCAGAGAUAACAGCUUUCGGGCCUAUAAUGCUAGUGGUAAGUAUGAUCAGGAAGAUUUUUAUGGUGGGAAAGGAAAUGAAGAGUACAAUAUGUAUUCGGGUUAUGGUGGUUAUGGCGGUUAUGGAGCCUACGCAGGGAACUCCAUGGUUAACGCUUCUGGAUUUUAUGGUUACUGUGGUGGGUAUGGCUAUGGUUAUGGUUAUGGAAGUCAAAUGUUCAACCUGGGUUAUGGAGCUGGCGGUUACAGCCAUAUGGGUGGUGGCUAUGGUGUUGCUGCGGCUACUGCUUAUGAAGGUAGAAAAGCUCAUGGAAACGGAAACAGCAGCUCAAGCAGUGGCAGAGGAAAUGGGACUAAUGGUUCAGGGCCAGCUCGAUACCAUCCUUAUCAAAAGUAAGAACUUCCGGCUGCGGCAGAGACUCUGUCUUUUUUCUUUUUUUUUUGUAAAAAGAUGUUUUUUUCUCUUUUUUUUUUGCUUCAAGGAACGGUUAAGUUAAGAAAUAGAUUGGGACACUUCACCAAUUCUUUACAUUCAACUAUUGUGAGAUAGACAUGUUUGAAGACAUGUCAAUUUUGUGAUAAAGGUGUUGUUAUUUAAGGCCAAA